AUGGAUUCAUACGACUUGUUUGGGGAGGACGUGGGGGGGAGCAUGUUGGAUGGGCUGGCCGAUCUUGGGGCAGAGAAUUUUGACCCUGCACCGGCUCCUCCUCCCACUUCAACAGCCGGUGGUUAUGUCCAGCCAACAGGAUACGGUCACCAGAUGUCAAGUUUACCGCAAGAGUCUCCAUUACAGAAGCUCGCGUCUUUUGGUGGCGACUUCACUACUCCUACAAAUCAUUUGGAUCCUUCCUCCCAGAACUUAUUUCACCCGAGUCAAGGUGGUUAUGGACCUGAUGGGGGUUCUAGGCCUAUGUGCCCUCCUGGUGCGGCCACUGGCUACCAGGGCCACACUCGUGCUAUGGGGCCUCAACAUGACGUGCGGAGACCACCGCAUCCCCAAGCGCCCUCAGGUCAAUAUCCGUCGUUCUGCCCUCCUGAUAACAUGUACUCAAUGGACCAACAGCAGGGGCUGGGUGCCGGCAUGGGCCUAGGGGAUGGCAUGCAAGGGUGGAAUAGCGGGCCGGGUGGUUAUCCUGGUCCAUCUGGCAGCAUGCGUCACUACGGCAAUCAAAUGGCACAAGGUGGUUAUCGACCUCACGUCGGGUAUCCUCAUCAGCAAGAGAACAUGGGGCAGCAGAAAAUGACCCCCCAGCAGUCCCAGUACCAGACCGGACAGCCUCCUGGUCUGAUGGGCUCCAUGAUGCAACCACAUCAAGGUUUGCCUCCUGCUGGAUAUCCCCUCCCCCAACAACCACAACAACAACAACAGCAGCAGCAGCAACAACAGCAACAACGAAUGCAGCAGCAGCAGCAGCAGCAGCAGUGCUAUCCAUCACAGGGUCAACAAGGAAUGGUAGGCUACGCGAGUGGGUAUGGAGGUUACCAACCCAUGCAGCAACAGGGCAGAACAAACAAACCUGCGGAUUUAGAAAGCGUGGGUGCCCAGCAAGCGCCUCAACAACCACAGCCUGCACCUCCGUCUGGCUUAGAAUCUGAAAGUGGUGCUCCGGGUCUGCAACCUCCUGUCAGUUUGGAAGGAGGGAAUGCUGGCAUGUUGACAAGUAAUAACUCGUUACUGGCAGUUCCAGCGCCAAGUGUACCUGGACCAAAUCAGACUAAUUAUCCUGAUUUUGGCAACAACAACUUCAAUGGAACAAACAAUUUCAAUUCGACGAGUGCAAAUAAUUUCAGUACAAGUAGUAAUAAUUUCAGUACAGCUAAUUCAAAUAGUUUUGGCUCAACAAACACUUCAAGUUUUAAUGCAUCUAGUAGUAACACUUUUAAUGCUACAAACCCCAAUACUUUCAGUGGGGGUGCAGGAACUUUCGGUGCUCAGAGUACAAACUCUUUUAAUGGUGGUGGCCCAAGUAAUUUUGGAGCAACACCCAGCAACAGUUUUAAUGCUUCAGCAAGUGGCAUAGCACCUUUCCCAGAUGGCAGCGGCUUGGAUGGCAUGAUGACUGGGCCUGUGCCGGCUCCUUUCAGUGCAGGGCUGGAAGGUGUGGGUGACCCCAUGGGCCCACCCCCACCCCCGUCUCUAUACGAUUCGGGUGGCCUCCUUGGCUUGGGCCCCAGUCCUGACCUUGGGAGUGUAUACCAGACGCCAGUGAGCCACCAGCAGGAAAUGGCUGCUUUGCAACAGCAGUUGCAAGAGCUGUAUUGCAUGCCCCCAGCUCCUGGGAACCAGGAAAAGAUCGCUCGCCUUCAAGAGCGUCUUGAGGUUGUUCGGAGACAUGAUGCUUCUGGACAGUGUGUGGGUGGCCCUCAUUGUGUUCUGCUUCAAGAUCAACAUCUCUAUGGAACUGGUCCUUUACUUGAGCACCCACCACCCCAGGUCCCCAGUACCUCUGGUAAAGGACGUGGCAAGGGAACUCCUAGGCAAAAAAAAAAUCGGAAAAAGGCCGGCGAACAAGCAAUGCUAGAUGGUGUGCCAGCCCCUUUGCCUGCUUUACCCCCACCGCCUAUGAACCCAGACGUCCCUCCAGGCCAGGAUGUGCCAGGGGGGGAAUUUGCCGAUGUACCCCUUGUUCCUCUUCCACCGAUUGCUGGGGCUCCAUCUGAGCUGGGGCUGCCAGCAGAUGGUCCAGAAGGGCCAGUUCCUCCUGCUCCAGAACAGAAAGUGAAAAAGCCAAAGACCCCAAGAGAGCCAAAAAAGCCUCGAGAGCCCAAACCUCCCAAGGAACCCAAGCCACCCAAAGAACCCAAACCUCCAAAGGAACCAAAGCCUCCAAAAGAACCAAAGGCUCCUCGUGAAAAGAAGAAACGUGAACCAAGAGCACCAGCAGAUCCUAAUAAACCUAAAAGGAAAUAUGUCAAGAAAAAACCAGCAGAGGCCUCGCAAGAAGAUAAAAGUGCUGUCCCUUCUGGGGAGUCCGGCACCUCUGAAGAAACUCCUAAAGAUGGAGUGUCUCCAGAAGCUGCUCCUGAAUCUUCAGCAGCUGCUGCUGGUGGAGAUGCAGCUGAUGCAGAAGCUGAUGGCUCCUCUGUUGGUGAGAAGCUUGAGUCCUCUGCAGAAUCAGAGGCCCCUGCUAACAGUGAAAAGGAGACUCCCUCUAGCCCAGGCAAAAGCGCUCCUGACACAACUCCAACAAAAGGGACUUCUCCCAAAAAGAAGAGGGAAAAGAAGCCAAAAGUGAAGACUGCCCUACGUAAAAUUCAGAAGAAGAAGAAAACGAAGCUGGGGGGAGAUGAUGAAUCGGAAGGAGAAGACAUGGCCAGGACUCCUCCACCUUCGCCGGAAGAUGAUAGUGAAGCUGCUAAGAAUAAGCGUCGAUCUGCUCGUAAUACUCAUAGAAAGAAGUAUGUGGAUGAUAUCAUGUUGAGUAUAUCAGAUGAUGAUACACCGAAAAUGCCCCCUCCUGUCAAAACUGGUGAGACUGCUGCUAAACCUGUUCCUGAAGAACCUGUAGAUCCUGCUGUUAAGCCAAAUUUUGUUUAUAUUAAUACAACUGAUGAAGAUUCAAUGGUUGUGCAAUAUAUAUUAGCUGUAAGAAAGGGUCGAAGGGAAGUCAAACUUGAAGCACCUGCAGAGCCUAUGGCAACAGUUACUAAUGCAAAUGCAGCUGCAACUACAACUGUAGCUGCAACAACUGCAACCACAACCGAAGUUGUAGCUGCUACUACUGCAAUUGCAACCGAACCUGUGGCUGCAGCUGCAACCGAAACUGCAACAGUAAAUGCAACCGAAACUGCAGCUACAACUGCAACCGAAACUGCAGCUACAACUGCAACCGAAACUGCAGCUACAACUGCAACCGAAACUGCAGCUGCAACUGCAACUACACUUGCAGGUACAUGUGUAUCAGUAACUUCAGAGAAACCUGAUAUUGAAGAAAAAUUAGAAAAAGUGUUGAAAGACGAAACUAAGUUAGUUGAGAGAGAUGAAAAAAGUGAAGAGCAAAAUGAAAUCUCAGAUGAAAAAGCAGUUAGUAUUGACACACCAAAAGAUGAAAAACACGAUAGAGAUGAAAAAAUGGAGGUGGAAGAUAUAGAAGGUGAAAAAUUGGAAAAGGGAAUUGAGAGUGAACAAAACGAUGAACAAAAUCUUGAUCAAGAAGGGGCAAAAGAAGCUGAAAAAGCUAAUGAUGAAAAAGAUGCAGAACAAACGAAGAACGAAGAGAAUCUGGAUGAUCUUUCUCAAGAAUCCAUCAAGGCAGACACUUUGGAAACUAAAAAUGAGGAAACGAGCAAGGAAGUGAGACCAGCUGCUGAAAAAGUUCUGUCAUUAGUGGAGAAUGAAAAAGAAAAAGGAAAAGUUCUGCUAGAGCUGAAAAUAGUUCCAAAUUCUGCAACUGGGAAACCUGAACCCCAGUUCGUUGAAGUGGAAGAGUAUUUUGUCAAGUACAGAAAUUUUUCAUAUCUACAUUGUGAAUGGAAGACUGAAGAAGAGCUGUUCAAAGGAGAUAAAAGGAUUGCAGCUAAACUGAAACGCUUCAAGCAGAAGAUGGCUCAGCAAUGCAAUAUAUUUGAAAAUUUGGAUGAUGAACCUUUCAACCCUGAUUAUGUAGAAGUUGACAGAGUUCUGGAUGUAGCAGAACAUACUGAUCCAAACACAGGACGAAGUACCAAACAUUAUUUAGUGAAAUGGAGAUCAAUGCAGUAUGAGGAUUCAACUUGGGAACUUCAAGAAGAUGUUGAUCCCGUGAAAAUUCAGCAGUACGAACAAUUUCAAAAGAGACCUCCAAAGGAUAAAAUAAAGCCAAAGAAGAAGCCAACAGCUGAAGAAUGGACGAAACUUGAUGAGUCUCCUAUUUACAAAAAUGGUAAUCAACUUCGUGCUUACCAACUUGAAGGUCUAAACUGGCUUUUGUUUUCGUGGUACAAUGGGCGCAAUUGUAUUUUGGCAGAUGAAAUGGGUUUAGGAAAGACUAUCCAGUCCUUGACAUUUAUUCAUUCAGUGUUUGAAUAUGGUAUACGUGGCCCAUUUCUGGUGAUUGCUCCGUUAUCAACUAUUCCAAAUUGGCAGCGUGAAUUUGAAGCGUGGACAGACAUGAAUGUCAUUGUCUACCAUGGCUCAACUGCUAGUCGCAACAUGGUGCAAGAGUAUGAAAUGUAUUAUCGAAAUGAUAAAGGUCAACCUAUUAAGGAUACACCGAAAUUCAACGUGUUAAUUACAACAUUUGAAAUUGUAAUUGCUGACUGCAUGGAAUUGAAGGAAUUCAAUUGGCGCCUUUGUGUUAUUGAUGAAGCACAUCGUCUAAAAAAUAGAAAUUGCAAGUUGCUGGAAGGUCUGCGUUUAUUGAAUCUGGAACAUAGAGUGUUGCUAUCAGGAACACCGCUACAAAACAAUGUGAAUGAAUUAUUUUCUCUGCUCAACUUUUUGGAACCUGCCCAAUUUUCAAAUAGUGAAGCAUUCCUCCAAGAGUUUGGUGCCUUGCGCAGUGAAACGGAAGUGCAGAAACUUCAGUUGUUACUUAAACCAAUGAUGCUUCGCCGACUAAAAGAGGAUGUUGAAAAAUCUAUUGCUCCAAAAGAAGAGACUGUUGUUGAAGUGGAGCUUACAAAUAUUCAGAAAAAGUAUUACCGAGGCAUUUUGGAAAGAAACUUCUCUUUCCUUGCAAAAGGAACAACCUCUGCAAAUGUUCCUAAUUUAAUGAAUACUAUGAUGGAACUGCGUAAAUGCUGUAUCCAUCCAUACUUAUUAAAUGGUGCUGAGGAGCAAAUUCAGAUGGAUUAUCGGCAAACAAAACAGAUUGGAGCUGAUGAUCCUGAUGGAUAUUACCAGGCCCUUAUUCAUUCUUCUGGUAAAAUGGUUCUUAUUGAUAAGUUGUUACCAAAACUUAAAGCUGGGGGCCAUCGUGUGUUAAUAUUCAGUCAAAUGGUGCGAUGUUUGGAUAUUUUGGAGGACUACCUGGUUUAUCGCAAAUAUCCAUUUGAGCGUAUUGAUGGGAGAAUUCGUGGAAACCUUCGACAAGCUGCCAUUGAUAGAUUCAGCAAGCCGGAUUCUGACAGAUUUGUUUUCUUAUUAUGUACGAAAGCUGGUGGUUUGGGUAUCAACUUAACAGCUGCUGAUACUGUAAUUAUCUAUGACAGUGAUUGGAAUCCACAAAAUGAUCUACAGGCUCAAGCGCGAUGCCACCGCAUCGGCCAGCAGAAGAUGGUGAAGGUGUACCGCUUGCUUUGCCGCAACACAUACGAGAGGGAGAUGUUUGACAAAGCCUCCUUGAAACUUGGUUUAGAUAAAGCUUUGUUGCAAAGUGCAUACGGUGCUAUUAUGGAUGAGGAUAGUGCUGGCGACAAGUUUUGUGAGGAGGAUAUUGACCAAAUCCUUGAACGUCGUACAACUGUGAUAACUCUAGAAUCAGAAAAAGGUUCUACUUUUUCGAAAGCGAGUUUUGCCUCUGCUGGAAUUCGCUCUGAUAUAGACAUUGAUGAUCCCGACUUUUGGAAAAAGUGGGCAAAGAGAGCUGAUAUAGACACUACAGAAGAAGGAGACAAGAAUGAGUUGGUGAUUUCUGAGCCUAGGAGAAGAACUCAGAUAAAGCGAUAUGGCCAUGAUGAGUCUGUUGUUGACAUGUCUGAGCUUGAUAGCUCCUCAGACAGUGAUGAAGAUGCUCCUAUUGGUCGCCGCAAUAAAGCCGGCAAAUCAGGGAAGAAAUCCCGCCUUCGCUUUAUGGCUGAUGAAUAUGUUCCUAAGGAUGGAGAAAUUGCUUACGGCAGUUGGGCACGUUCAGAAUGUUUCAAAGUGGAACGUGGCUUAUUGACAUUUGGAUGGGGUCGUUGGUCAGAUAUCCUGGCUCAUUCUCAUUUUCGCAGAGGAUGGAGAGAAAUGGAUAUAGAAGAUUGUGCAAGAGUUAUUCUCCUUUACUGUUUGAGAUUUUAUAGAGGAGAUGAAAAAAUUCGGAGUUUCAUUUGGGAUUUAAUCACACCAUCAGAAAACGGCGAGUCCAAGAUUCAACGUAAUCACCAUGGUCUUAAUACUCCAGUUCCUCGUGGUCGAAAGAACAAAAAUAAAUUAAAGAAAGAUAUGCUUUGUGAGCCAGAACUGAAUGAUUGGAGUCGCCAUGAAAAGUAUGAUGGUGAUAUAUUUCUGGAAAGUAAUUAUAAAAAGCAUUUGAGUCGACAUGCUAACAAGGUUUUAUUACGAGUUCGAAUGUUGUACUACAUAAAACAUGAGAUAAUGGGUGACUUGGUUCAGCACAUAGCAGAUGGUGUUCAUGUUAGUGCCCUGCCGAUCCACCCACCCUAUUGUGACCAGCCCCCUGCUCCUUGGUGGGAUAGCGACGCGGAUAGGUCCCUCUUAGUGGGUACCUACAAACACGGUUACGAAUGCUACCCUGCUAUGCGCAACGACCCUGCGCUGAGCUUCCUCGCACGCUGUGGGCCUGAAGAGGCUCCUCUGCUUCCCAAUAACCACCCGGGCCUUCCCACCACCACCACUACCACCAUCACCACCACCACCACAACCGCUGGCGGCAGUGCCCCUGAAGAUGAUCCAAGCAAAAUUUCGGAUGACGAAGACACUGGAGACGGUGAUCUCAGAGACAACCCGUGUGGUGGAUCAGAAUCCUUGUUGCAAGAAAGAGCUUCAGCUACACCUGAAACAAUGUCGGAUGAACCUAUGCCCUGCUCGUCAGGAAUGGCAAUGGAGGCCUCUCACGACGAAAACAGGCAAGAUGCAGAAGAUGGGAAGUCCCUUUGGCCCUCUAUGGUAGACCUAAACACUCGAUUACGACGUGUUGUUACAUCAUAUCAAAGAAAUUUUAAACGAGAAGAAAUGAAGUUAGCACAAAAAGCAAAGAAAAUGGAACGGCGUGAGAAGUUGGAACAGAUAGUUCGUGAACGAGAGCGCCAGCGCUUGGAAGUACAGCAAAAGAAAUGGUCCAGGCGUGAGGAGUCGGAUUUUUUUCGCACUGUAUCUACAUUUGGUGUGGAGUUUGAUAGGAAAAAAGGAAGAUACGAUUGGACAAAGUUUCGUACACUUUCACGACUUGACAAAAAAUUUGAUGACACCAUGACAGAAUAUUUCAAAGCUUUUAUGUCCAUGUGCAAACGUGUGUGUGGAAUGAAAUUGUCAGAGGAGGAAGAAUCUUUAGAUAUGCCCGUGGAGCCCUUACCUGAGGACAAAGCACGUAAAGUUCUGGAGCGAGUGGAGCUUCUCAGCAAGAUAAGGGAAGAAAUUCUUCCUCAUCCACAAUUGCAAGAACGUCUUACCCUGUGCCAACUGUCGCCAGAUGUUCCAGACUGGUGGCAGCCAGGGAAACAUGAUCAUGAUUUGCUCCGAGGCGCUGCGAAACAUGGAUUAGGCCGUACCGACUUUUUCAUCCUGAAUGAUCCUGAACUUGGAUUUCGUGAUAUCCUUAAAAAACAUUUGUUGGAAACAUCCGAUUCUCAAGUUUUGAAGAGUAGCCAAAAGGACGUAUAUCAAGGAAAUAAUGUAAAAGCAGAGGUUGUCAAUGAAGCAGCAGAUGUUAAAUUUGAACGACCAGAAGAUAUAUUGCGUUCAGACAAGAGUGAAAUAUUGGUGAAACUAGAGAAAGGGGAGGGAACACUAAAAAUAGAAAAAAUUGGUGCUGUGAAACGUGAGGUGAAGGCUGAUAAUGCAGUUGAGGAACAGACAACUAUAGAAAUUGAACUGAUAAAACAAGAAAAGCAGUCACAAUCUUCUUCAUCAGAUUCUGUGAAAGAUGGUCAGGAAAUGCAGAAUGAUGAAUUGUCUAAUUCAAAGAUCGAAAGUUCUGGUGAACUAUCUGAGAAAAAUGUUAAUGAGGAAACUAGCAAAAACAAUGAUGGCCAGGAAACUCAAGGAAUAGAAGAAAUGGAGGUGGAAACCGGUAAUUUUGCAUCUAAAAUUUCUGACAGUGGUAAGCCAGAGGAUCAGCCCAACAAAAAUAAAGCGAACCAUGAGAAAGAAGAAGAGGAAGGUAAGAAUGUUUCAGGCAGCAGUCUCGGUGAGGGGCAGCCUCUUGAAUCAUCCACAGAUAAUCCACAGUCCAUUGAAGUCUCAGAGAAAUCAAAAGAACUUCAGGAAAGUGAGGAAAAGAAGUCUGAGGAACAGGAGAAGAAGAAUAUUGAAAGUAUUGAUGAGACUGAGUCAGCUGAAAAUAAGAAAAUGGAAGUGAACAAUCCAGAAAGAGGAAAUGAAAAUGAAGAAAAUAACAUUGCAGGCAAAGAAUCAUCUACUGAGGAACAAAGCAACACUGAAGACAAAGAAACAGAAGAUAAUGAAGGCAAUGAAGUAAAACCUGGAGAAAAUGAAGCUGAAGAAAAGCAGAAACCUACAAAUGAAGCUGAAAGUCCAAAAUCUUGUGAUGAAACAAAAGGGGAGAAUUCUUGUGUUUCUGAAGAAAUCGAAAGUAAAGAUGCAAAAGGAAAAAUAGAAUCUACUGUAUUUAACACUGAUUCAAUUAGUCCUACAGAUGACAUAGUAAAGGAAAAGGAGUCUGAAAGUGUUGUGGGUGAAUCUAGUAAGACUCCUGAAAAGUUGAUUUCUGUGGAAGAAGAGAAGUUAAAAAUCCCAGAAGAAAGCAAUCAACCUAAAGAAGAAGUUCAGGAAGACAAGAAAGUGGAAAUAGUAAAAGUGGAUGAUAGCAGCAUCACAAAGAAAGCAGAUGGAGUCAAAGCUGAAGAAGUAGAAGAGAGAAAAACUAGCCAGCAGGCAGCAGAGUUGCAAGCUAUGUUUCCAGAUUUGGAAGUUAUACAACCAUUGGCUCGUCUUGCUGAAAUUGAUACAUUUGUCUUGGGUGGAAAGGCUGUACCAAAUCGCUCAUCGACUCCUUUGGAUUUCAGUGAGCCCAACAAUUCUGUGUCUCAAUUAAUAGUUGGACACCAAUACCAAAACCCUAUCAAAUGGCCAAAGGAUCAGGUUCUACAGCAGAGAUUGCAUCACAUUGUUCACACUGUUGAAUUCCGUGAGUGGCCUGUCCCACGCACCUUCAGCACCCCGGAGGUGGAUAUUUCAUGCCGUGACUUGACCAGCACACCCGAACUCUUACCGAAACGGGAUUCAUCCACUCCAAUUUCUGUAUCUGAAGGGUCAUCAGAAGUUAUAACAAUAACAACAGGCGAUCAUGGAGUUCCUUGUCGAUCUUCAAGUCAGUUGUCUUCGAGCAACGGCAAGAAAAGGAAACGACAUAUUGCCAUUGAUGUGGAAACUGAACGAGCAAAACUUCAUGCUCUGCUGAAUAGUUCAUCAGGGGGCCCAAUGCAGCAGCAGACUCCACCUGCGCAUAUGAACAAACCAACAUCUUCAUUGCCUCCUUGGGCCGAUCUCAAUGAGGAGUCCUUAUCAGAAGACUCUCGGCGCUCCACUCCUGUAACACAGGUGCUUCAACCACCACCAGCUCAUCAGCAGUCUCCACGGGUGUUGUCUCUUCCUUUUGACCUGAAAUACAAACUUCCUGGCACUUCCAGCACUCUGACUCCUAUUGAUCUUUCUGCUCCAGCCUUAACCAAAUCAUGCCCUGGCUCUGGUAGUGGCACUAGCUCUAUUACUGCCAGUGGUAGUAGUAGUAGUAGUAGUGCUGCUUGCAGCAAAGAUCUCCUUGCAGAAGUACAGGACUUUUCCAUGCCAAAUAAAAACAAACAGCAGCAGCAGCAGCAGCAGCAGCAGCAGCAGUCGUCAUCUCAACAACAGCAUCAACAUCAUCAACAACAGCAGCAGCAGCUGCAACAGCAACAACAGCUACAACAGCAGCUGAUGUCAUCUCAACAAUCUCCCCAAACAUCUCAGUCACAAUCUGUGCAGAAACCUAGCAAAUUAGAUGACAUGUUGGGGAAACUUAUGAAGAAAAACAACUGUCCUGCUGAAGAACCUGUUGUUGGAAAGGAAAAGAAGCGACGGAAAUUAGAUGAAAUUGUUUUGGGACUUUCAGCUGCAAAAGAACAGAAAUCAGUUUCAUCAAUCUUUUCACCAGAUGUGCGUAAAUCAGCUGCUUCCUCUGUUUUUUCUUCUGCCCCAAGUGUUGCUAAUCUGAGUCCAAGUGUGACUGUGACUCCUGCACCAGCAAUGCCAAGUCCAACUCCACCCCCUUCAUCUAAACCCAUUUCCUCCCCCUUCUCUCUUACUGUAACACCAGCUCCUUCUCCUCUGCCAGGCCCGUCUCGUAGCUCUACUAGCUCGACUGGUCUUGGUCUUCCACCAUUGCCUUCUCCAAAAGAUAGCUUCUCAGCUCUGUUAGCCCAGGCUGAACAACAGAAUCUUCUCCUCAAGAAACAACAGCAACAUCACCAGCAACAACAGCAACAACAGCAACAGCAGCAGCAGCAGCAGCAGCAGCAGCAACAGCAACAGCAACAGCAUAAUUUGUCUCAGUCAGCUGCUGCAGUGUCUGCCCAGGCCCAGAGGAAAACUUAUGAAUCCAUGAUUGCAGACCUUACAAAAAUGGCUGAUUUCUCAAAAAUAAGCUCCUACUCACAUGAAGCUAAGGUAAACAAGUGGUUAGCUGAACAGACUGCUCUGAUGCCAGAUCCAGGUGCAAGUGGAGCAGGUUUAGGUGUUGACUAUCUCGGUAUCCCAAGACGAAGACGACCUCGAGUUGACCCUUCUUUGUUGGAUUGGAAGAAACUUACUGGCGAUGAAAAUGUUUCAGUCAUCAACAGGAUAACAGGAAAAAAGAUUACAGGCAGUAAGGCUCCACAACUGAAGCAGUUGGCGCAGUGGCUUCUAGAAAAUCCUAUGUUUGAUGUGGAUCCUAAGUGGGCAGAAUUAGUGAAAGAGCGUGGUAAUUUGCCCCAUGACUUACAGAAGCGAUUGCCUGCUAGUGAACGCAAAAAAGGACCUGGGCGACCUCCACUGCUUUCAAGUCCCCCAACUCCAAGCGGUCAGUUGGGCUCAAGUUCCUUGCCUUUCCCCUCUCUUGGGGCAGCAGGGCUGAGCAGCUUGUCUGCUGGUCUUAGUCCAUCAUUGCUCUCUGGACUGUCCGGCCUAGGUGGAUUUGAUCCCAAAAACAAUCCAUUGUUACUACCGUUUGCCACUGGAGGAUUACCUAGUGUGAGCGGUUUAGGAAAUGUUGCUAGUGGUUUGGCAGGUAACAUGAACCUCACAAACUCACUCUUUGCUAAUUUGGCUGGAUUGGGUCUGCCGUCACUUUCUGGAUUAGACUCUGGAAGCACUGACUUGGGAGGAUCAUCCUCCAAUAGUAGCAACAAAAACAAAAACCGGAAAGAAGUAGACCCAGGAAGAGCGCAUGCAAACAAGCCUCCAACAACGUCUGCAUCAAAUAUUCCUACAUCUGCCUUGCCAUUCUUCUUUCCAAAUCCAAGUUUACUGUACACACCAUUGGGGCUGGGUGGCCUUAACCCCUUUUCCAUGCAGCCCGGUGCAAUGUCAUCAGCAUAUGACAGUUUAGCACAGCAGUGUGGUUUGCUCAAUGGAAGUUUAGGUGUAACUGCCUCUACUGCCAGCUCUUCCCAGAACCAUAGUUCUCGUAGUUCAAGCCACAAGAGCCAGAGCAGUUCACGUGCUUCAACAGCAACAACUCCGAGCUCUUCGGCAGCAGCAGUAGCAGCAGCUGCGGCGGCAGCAGCAGCGACCACAUCGGCUUCAAAUCAUAGGCAUCAGCGGUCUUCGUCUUCAACUGCUCGAGAUAUGCUGGAGAGGCAGCAGUUGCAGCAGCUUCUUUUGCCACCUGAUACUCAACUGCUUGAAAGUCUGAGUCGAGCGUCAAUGGAAGCCGCUCUCCGUUCGUCAGAGAAGCGUAAAGAAAUGAGUAAUAGUGAAAAGCGUAUGAGGGAAGUGGAUAGAAAAUUAGAAAGUUUUGAAAACUUGAGUCGUGGUAGUUCAAUUAUGGAUUUAACAGCUCGCCUUGAGGAGAAGCCAGCAAAAAGAGUGAAAACUGAAGCAGAGAGGCAGAAGGAAAUGGCAGAGAGUUUAUUGCGUAACAUGAUGCCAGAAUUUGCUCCCAGGCCAGAGGAAUGGUUUAAAAGGGCUCGGGAAAAUGAAAUGAAAGAGGCUUUGGAGAAUCUGUGUAAAACAUCCAUGAAUCUUGCAGCAGCUGAUAGAUUAGCUAAACGUCCUCGAGACAUGUUAACAAGUUUGGAUGAUCUCUCACGUGUGGCCCAAGAGACACCGUUUGGUGAUAUUCCUCAAGCAAAACGUCUCAAGGAAAUGGAUCCCAAGGAUGAUGCUGCCAUGAGAGACCUGUUAGAAGAAAAAACAAAGGAAUCAGCUGAGUCAUUGGUCCUUCCUCCCCCUCAGCCACCCCUCCCUCGACCUCCUUCGGUUCAACCUCCAGCUCGCCCACCUUCAUCACCUCAUCCGGCUUUGUCUCCACUUUCUCUUCCUGUAACACAAGUGCCCCCUUCAACACAAUUACCUGCAUCCCAUAUCUCACCUUCACCAUCUCCUCACAUGGAGAAACCAUCCUCUCCAGGGCAGACAGCUUCUUCUCCUCUCACUGCUCCGCAAGGAACUCUUUCUACUCUGGUUCCCAUUACUGCUGCUGCACUGGCAGCUACAACAAUAGCAGCAGUAUCACUACCAGCAUCACUUACAGUAUCAGCAGCAACAAGUAAGAGUGAAAUAUCUGACUUGGAAUCAGUGCCAGUUUCGCUUCCGGUUGCAACAACCAAAUUACAAAAUACAAUUCCUCCAGCUUCUGAGCAGUGCAGUACACCUGUUGCCUUAUCACCUCAACAGGUGGCUACAGAAUCCAAUUUAGAUGUCCAGCCUACAACUGAAAAACAUGAGGACAAAAUGGAACAACCUUUGUUGCUGCCACAACCACAGAUACAACCAUUGCCAUCAACAUCACCUCCUCCACACCGUCUCCCAGCCACACAGUGGAAUAUCUGGAAGGUUCUAUUAUUUUUAUAUCCUGAAAUUAUAAGCAGGAAUGUGUUAAAAAGUCAUGUUUAUAAACUAUCUUCAGUAUUGAAGCACUUACCUAAUAGUGCACUGCAGAAUGUUCUGGUGCUGGCCGAAUGUAGUUCUGUCAGUUUCUGCCACAAAUUUUUCUUUUGUAAUGGGCCAAUUGUUUUUAUAUUUGAUAAAUUAAGUCAUUGUGAAAGCUACAACUACAUUUCUGACAUGUCUGUACAUAGUCAAUCAUGUUGUGCAAACAUGUCGAAUAAAAAUCUUCUUUUUUUUCACACAUAUUUCUUGUUUUUUUGUGGGAAGAAAUUUUACAAUAAAAAUUACUUUAAUUUUAUAGAAAUUGAAGAAGGUGAACAAAAAAUUAAAAUUGAAAUCAUUUAA